GUAACAUUGCUUCUCUUGAUUUCUUCUCCAAAAACGCUCCGUUUUGCGGUUCCCCAUGUUUCAUUCAUCUCCCAGCUCUUCCAAAAGAAUGGCGUCGUCUAUGGACGUUGACAAGGUCGAGAUUCCGCCACCAGUGAACGACGCGCCCAAAUCGAAGAAGCAGAAAGAGGUCAUGCAUGAAGGUAUCAACGUAGACAAUGACGAUAACUCUGCAAAGGUAGCAUUAAAAGGUGAUAUUGUUGUCAAAAGUGAGAAAGGGAAGGCGAUUGAACUCAUUCAGGAAGGUUACGGCGAUAGUCAAACUAUGCUGGUGUUUGAUGAUCUAUUUCUUCCAUGCGGAAAGGCUAAAUCCGGAUCAGAAAGCAAGGUCAAGUCUUCCAAUAGCGGUGCUAAAGAAACCCAUAAUUUAAUUAUUUUUAAAAAUGUGUCAGACAGUAUCUCUGACAGUAGAUGGCGGUUGAUAGAAGAAUUCUUGACCAUAAUUGCCCGUAUGAGUACUGCAUCCAACAUGAAACUUGUGGUUGGUAGUAAAACAUCUAUUCUCUCGUUGAGAACUCAUUUGAUCUUCAUAGAUUUCUCGAGAUAUUUUCUUACGAAGUUUUGUUAUAGCAUCUAUGAUGGCUUCCGGUUUAGGUGGACAGCCCGGCAAAUAGACAUCCACAGGAAUUAA